AUGAGGAAGUGGGAACCUGGUUUAGAUCUUUCUGAGGAUACCAUACUGCAGAUUCCAGUUUGGGUUAGGUUUCCUGACUUAAACCUGAAGUUUUGGAGUCAGGCUACUCUAAUGAAGAUUGCUGGUCUUGUUGGUAACCCGAUCAAAACUGAUAAGGCUACUGCUUCAAAAGAGUUAUUGGAAUAUGCUAGAGUAAUGGUUGAAGUUCAGGUGGAUGGUAAUUUUCCUGAGUAUGUGGAUUUUCUGGAUGAGGAGGGUAGAGUUGUUCACCAAGAAGUUGUGUUUGAAUGGAAGCCAGUGAAGUGUUCUAUGUACAAUGGUCUAGGACAUGAUGUGUCUAAGUGUCCUAAUCAUUUGGUUCAGGGGAAUAUACGUACUGCUAACAGGUUCUUGAAUCUUAUUGAGGAAGAGGUGGAUGAAGGGAAUAUGAUACAUAAGGGAGCAGGAGGGUUAAAUGGACCUGAAAGAGUAUAUGAUGUGCUCUGGUUCCUCAAGCACAAUCAUAUGGGUUUAUUUGGCCUCAUUGAAACCAAGGCUGUUUGUGCUAAUUAUGAGAAGGUGGAUAAGGGCAAGAUCUGGGUUCUUUGGCUUCCCAGCAUCUUUGAGGUGAUAGUGUUGAGAGUUGAAGUUCAGUUGAUGCAUUUAAGAGUGGUUCACAGGGCUAUUAGGUGUGUCUUUUUAUACAUGAUGGUUUAUGGCCUUAAUACUGCGAAGGAGAGAGAAGCUCAUUGUCAUCAGUUGAUUGAGAUAGCAGGUUCUAUUACGAGUCCUUGGAUAGUGUGUGGAGACUUUAAUAAUAUCCUUAAUCUUGAGUAUAGGCUGGGUUCUCCUUGUACCUUGAGGGAGGUAGAGCAGUUUAGGGAGUGUGUGGCUCAGUGUGAGCUCUUAGAAGCAGCUUUUGGUGGGGCUUUUUUCACUUGGAGUUUGAUGGAUCAUUGUCCCUGUAGCAUAACUCUAUUUGGGGAGGCUUGUGGUGGUAACAAACCUUUUAGGUUUUUUAACUGUUGGGUGGAUGCUCCUGGGUACUGGGAUGCUGUUAGCUCUGCUUGGGCUGUUGAGUUUCAGGGUACUGCUAUGUUUAUAGCUUUUAAAAAGUUACAGGAUGAGUUCAAGGUUGCUAUUGAACUUGAGGCUGUUCAAAAGAGGCUUGGUUCUGAUCCUUUGAAUGAGGAGAUUCUGCUUGAAGAAAAAUUGGCUGGGGAGAGAUAUGCUACUGCUCGGGCCAUCAAGUACAAGUUCAUGAAACAAAAGGCUAAGUUGCACUGGUUAAAGGAAGGUGAUAUUAAUUCAUCAUACUUCCAUGCUUGUCUACUUGGCACUUCUUCGCCCCCUUCUCAAGGUGUGCAUCAGGCUGUUAUCCUGGAAGGAGUUGUCUUGGACAAUGCUCACCAAUCAGCUCUGUGUAGGGAGUUCUCUGAGGAUGAUAUCAAGGCUGCCCUAUAG